CUCUCUCUCUCUCUCUCUCUCUCGGAUCCUAGGCUUGUAGAGUGGAAAGAAGAAUGAAGAACAAAAAGGAGGAGGAAGAUGUUGUGUCUGGGACAUUCACAUGGGUCAUCGACAACUUCUCCAAGCUCAAGACCGACAAACAUUACUCUGACGUUUUCACCAUCGGUGGCUUCAAAUGGCGGAUCCUUAUACGUCCAAAGGGAUCACACGACCCUGAAUCUGAUGUCGUAGACCAGUUGUCCACGUAUUUGGGUGUUGCAGAUGCUUCAACACUGACACCGGGGUGGGCUAGAUAUACACACUUUAGCUUCACCCUGGUUAAUCAACUUGACAGCAGCAAGUCAAAAAUAAAGCAGACACAGGGCAUUGCGAAAGAGUUCAAAGAAGAAAGGAGGGAGUGGGGCUACAAAUCAUUCAUGCCUCUUUGCGAGCUUUAUGACUGCAGUGCAGGUUAUCUGGUGAAUGAUAUAUGUAUUAUUGAAGCCAAGGUUGAGGUCUUUGUUAACAUUGGAGAGCAAGGAAGUAAUGUUUAUGGAACUUUGGAGUCCACAAAGAAAGAACGUAAAGGGCAGGAAUCUUCAAACAUGACUUCUGUGCAAGCUGCAGACUCUUCACCAGCACCUAAGACACCAUCUUUUGAACGGAAGCCUCCUUUCCUGGGUACACCUAGUUCUGAAAAAGUUUGCAAUGAGCUGACCGGUGAGCUUAUGGAAUUUAUGGGUUUAGGAAAAAUAGAGAAAGCUUUUGUUCCACUGCUAGAGGAAGUUUGUUCGUUGCAUCCUUCGUUGAUCGAGUGUCUACAUAAGAGAAAUCGUAAAGUUAGUGAAUGUGCAUUCACAGCUUUGGGGGAACUCUUGCAUUUUCUGAAGACUACAAGGGUGAAGGAUAUGACUGAGGACGCCUGCGUGCGCCUUCAAAGUUUAUGGGAGGAUGUUGAGAUGUUCAGGUUUGACUUGGCGUGGCUGGAGCCUCAUGUUCACUCUGCUUUGGAUAAGAAGAAGUUCCUGGAAAGGGCAAGGAGAGUGAAAAGACUGAGAGAAGAUGUGGAUAUUUUGGAUAGUGAGAAGAAGAGGCGGAGUACUGCUCUAGCUGUUACAGAGGCAGAUCUUGAGGUGGCAAAGAGAGACUUGGCCAAGGAGGAAGAGGGCUUUGUGGAGACAGAUAUGGAUAGAGAGCUAGGUUACGGGAUGCCUUCGCCUUAAUAUAGAAUUUUAUGUUAGAUAUGACUUGUAGGACAGGUAAAUGAGAUAGACAUGGAUAGUGAGCUAAGUUAUGGGAACCGUUAGCCUUAUUUAGAAUUUCAUCUUAGAUAUGAGUUGCAGGACAGAUACGGGCAACACAUAUUUGAACUUGUAUGACAUAGGUUAGUUAGCCCCCAUCAAUUCCCUGGUAUGAUCGAUUAGGCAGGAUUGCGGAGUUAAUGGGUACCAUGCCUUUGUUCAAGUUAUGGACUUGAAUUUGCUUUUGUCAAAA